UAUUUAACACGGGAAUUUUCGGUGGGAUCUAUCGAUCUAGGCUGUAGCCCACCAACUUCACGCAAUCCCAGCCGUUGGAUUUCAAACCUAAUCUUACCCCCCCUCUCUCCCAAUCCUCCUCCUCUCUCAUCGAUCACUGCCUAUAUAUAAGGACCCGAAGUCCAUGGGUUAGACUCGCCAACUCCCCCCUACCAACGUCUCCCAGCUGGUCUCCUCUCUCUCUCUCUCUCUCUCUCGCUCUCUCUCUACCCUCGGGGUUUAUCAGCUUGGGAGAAUGGAAAUGGAAACCUUCCUAUUCACCUCUGAAUCCGUGAACGAGGGACACCCAGAUAAGCUCUGCGAUCAGAUAUCUGAUGCAGUACUUGACGCCUGCCUCCAACAAGACCCAGACAGCAAAGUCGCCUGCGAGACUUGCACCAAGACCAACAUGGUCAUGGUCUUUGGUGAGAUCACAACCAAAGCCGAUGUGGACUAUGAGAAGAUUGUGCGUGACACCUGCCGUAACAUUGGGUUUGUUUCCGACGAUGUUGGUCUUGAUGCUGAUCACUGCAAGGUUCUGGUUAACAUUGAGCAACAGAGCCCUGACAUCGCUCAGGGUGUCCACGGUCAUCUCACCAAGCGCCCUGAGGAGAUUGGAGCCGGUGACCAGGGUCACAUGUUUGGCUAUGCCACUGAUGAAACCCCUGAGCUGAUGCCUCUCAGCCACGUCCUUGCAACUAAGCUUGGGGCCCGCCUCACUGAUGUUCGCAAGGAUGGUACUUGCCCAUGGUUGAGGCCCGAUGGCAAAACCCAAGUCACCGUCGAGUACUUCAACGAAAACGGUGCUAUGGUUCCAAUCAGGGUCCACACUGUCCUCAUCUCCACUCAGCACGAUGAGACUGUUACCAACGAUGAGAUUGCAGCUGACCUCAAGGAGCAUGUUAUCAAGCCUGUCAUCCCAGAGAAGUACCUUGACGAGAAGACCAUCUUCCACCUCAACCCUUCAGGCCGGUUCGUCAUUGGUGGACCCCACGGCGAUGCGGGUCUCACCGGUCGGAAAAUCAUCAUUGAUACAUAUGGUGGUUGGGGAGCUCAUGGUGGCGGUGCAUUUUCUGGCAAGGACCCUACCAAGGUGGACAGGAGCGGGGCCUACAUUGUUAGGCAGGCUGCUAAGAGCAUUGUUGCCAAUGGCCUUGCUAGAAGGUGCAUUGUGCAGGUCUCUUAUGCUAUCGGUGUGCCUGAGCCAUUGUCAGUGUUUGUGGACACAUAUGGAACCGGAAAGAUUCCUGAUAAGGAGAUUCUGAAGAUUGUGAAGGAGACUUUUGAUUUCAGGCCUGGAAUGAUUUCCAUUAACUUGGAUCUCAAGAGGGGCAACAAUGGGAGGUUUUUGAAGACGGCUGCAUACGGGCAUUUCGGAAGAGACGACCCUGAUUUCACAUGGGAGGUGGUGAAGCCCCUCAAAUGGGAGAAACCCCAGGGGUGAAGUUUCGCGGAUUCAAAUCUCCCUGUUCUUUGCUGCUGCUGCCGAUCUCUAACUUACUAGGAGUUUGCCUAUUGUUUGCUUGUUAUUUCGUGUUCCUUAUUUUUCUGCGUUUUUGUUCUGUUUUCUUUGUAUUCUUCCGGUUGUCUUCGCCACAUAAGAUGAAGUGUGAUGUUGUCACGGUUGGAUUUAGAACAUUUAGGAAAGAGCUGCCUCUUCGUUUGUGAGAAAAACAGCUAUAUGUGAGAAGGGGUCAGCUACAGAGCAGCAUCAAUAUGGUAUUAAUGAUUAAGACUGUUCUAUUCA